AUGCCGCCUAAACAACCCACCCCAAUCCCAUUAUUCUAUCGCGUGGCCUUCCUCAUCAUCGACCCUCUCAUCGCCGUCUGGGGCGCGUACAUGAACAUCUUCACGCCGCAAGUGACAGUCAACGCUUUCGUGCCUUCAUCCCUCUCGCCAUAUCAACCGCUUCAAUCUUUCCUGCUCCACCAAAUCGCCGGCGGCCUGCUGACCUGCGCCAUUCUGGACGUCUUCCUACUGCGGCAGACGAAUGAACUCUGGAUCUGGCGGACGCAGCAAUGGGCUCAGUUGGCGUAUGAUGUGGUCAUUUUGGGAAGUCAAGCGUAUUCUUGGGGGCUGCAGGGGAGGUUGAGUCUGGCGGUGUUGAGAGUGGAGGACUAUGGGAGCUUUGCGAUUACUGCGCUUGUGGGACUUGUGCGGACCCUUUUUCUUGUGGGAGCUGGGCUCAAACGAAAGGGCGGCAAAUUGCAAUGA